CACCAGUUGUGCCAUUUUGUUUGAUAUGACAGAUACCAUUGGAUGAAAAGAUGCAUUUACAGAUCAUUUUGGUCAUUGCCAUCACUUUAGUCUUGUACCAUCUUGCUGAUGCACAGUCAGAUAAAUGUCUUUUACCCAGCGAGAGAGCUGCAAGAUUUUCAAAAAAACCAAAAUCGAAAGGCUUUCCACAGAGAGACUUCGAUGUUUUCAUGAAGAGAUUAAGAUUUAGGAGGCGUAGAUUUCGUUCUCUGAAUAGUCAAAUAGAAAAAGCUUUUAAACUAGCAGAUCGAUACUGUAGAAAACCAACAUUUACAUCUACAUUUACUGGCUUCAAAGUAAAGGACUUUGAGAAGACUGUACUGUGUCCAGGUAGUUGGAGCAAAGCGCAGUUUCCAGAGACUUUUAUCGCUGAAAAUGGGAUGGCAUGCUAUACUCUCAAGAACUUUUUGAAGAUACCAAAUUGUCCAACAUAUAAUUGUGAAAGUGGAAAAUGUGCCCUUGAUGAAGAUCAUCCGGAUCCCAAAGUUGUUCCUGUAGUAAAAUAUAUUUGUCAACUAUCCAAUUUUGUAGACAUUCCGUUUUACGCCAUCUGUAAAAGUGGUAACAAAAUCGAUGUCGUGAAAGAAGUUUUAACGCUAUCACGCUGUUGUGAGUGUAAUCAAUUAACGUGUAAACAUACAACGUAA